CAAUAACUAGUAAGAAGUUAAUACUAAUUGUAGGCAAAUAACUCUACCACUACUUCAACAUCAUCUCGUGGGAAGGCAUUAGAGGUCAACUAUCUAUUCUAUGCCUUAUGUCGUCAAAAAGUUGGUCUGAGGUUGAGGCAUCUCUCUUUAGUGCAAACUGCUUUAUUUCAAUAAUGCUACCCACUUUGUCCAAACUUUAGUCGUUAGGUAUGAAGAGACCUGAGCAGAAUGAAUAAUGACAAAGCAAUCCUAAGAACAGAGAAUUCAUCCUUUUCAUACUUUUGACAUGAAGCAUCAUUAUUUUUUAUGUAUGAAUGAGAGUUGUUUUUGGAGCUGUAAUGACUUCCAUGAUUCCUUAAGGUAUUUGCUCCUGUUGUGGUUUUGGCUGUAUUGGGUUUAGUUUCCCUUUUGUGGAUGACCACAGGCCCCUAUUUAACUUCUUGUUGGUGACAUUUUUCCUCAUUGUUGACAGAUUCUCAAGGCCAAUUUUGCAUGGGUUGUGCACUCUAGGGUAUGCAGUUAGGACCAUCAUCAAAUCUAUAUGCAAAGGAGAUCCAACUAUGGUGAAAGGGUCAUAUAUCAGACUAGUGUUAAAGAAAGAAACCGUACGGUGCUGUCAGGCUAUGUUGACCUCCGUCGUCUUUGCUUCAUCUCUGUAGAUUAGCCCCAUGCAUCAAAUAUGAAUCUCAGUUUCUUGGUAAUAGGUGAUUCAGAUUCCUUUGUUUUCGACAUUGGAGAUGCCAACAAAAGGAUAACAAUCAAUAGAAGUUUCGAUGAUAGCAAGCAUAUACAUAUCUAAAGCAUUUGAUGUAUCAAAUUGGAUGAGUAGCACUAGGACAGAAGCCUACUGUACGUUUGUAUGCUCCAUUAAUUUAUGUAUAUGCUCACUAAUAAGCAAGGAUUGAGGAUUGGCAAUGGCAUGCAGUGUUAUGUAAAUCAAAAGGUAAAAUGGUAAUAUAGUCUUGUUUGGUUU